AUGGAGGGCGGGGCCAAGAUCCCGCUCCAGCAGCUGGUGGACCAGGGGGAGAAUGGCGCCAUCAGCGGCGACAGCGACGGCGGCGCGGCGGCCGGCGGCGCCUCCAGCUGGCGGGACAGGUGCAAGCACUCCUUCUCGCGCGCCCAGACCUCGCUGAAGCGCAUCAAGACGGCCCUCAGGCCCUACUUCAUCGACGAGGACGAGGAGGAGCUGGCCAGCGGCGAGGAGCCCCUGAACGGCGGCGUCAACCCGCUGGUCUCGAGCUACAUGCGCCCCGGCGAGCACAAGUGCAAAAAACGCUUCUUCCUGGCAAUGGUGGUGGUGACGGCGGGCUGUGCGUGGUGGGUGGGACCCCUGGUGGGCAUCUUUGUGGCCGACCCCAUGAUCCAGCUGCUGCUCUCCAACAUCCAGGUCAUCACCUCCCGCACCGACUGCUUCGACCACCGCCUGGCGGUGCAGACGUGCGAGGACGCGGGCGUGCGCUCGCGCUACUACUUCCACAACAUCACAAACGUGGACGAGUGGCUGGCGGGCACGGCUCCCCCUUCCACCGUGGAGGUGGGCCCCUACUCCUUUGUGUCCCUGGAGACGCGCUACAAUGUCAACUACACCAAGGACUGGAACCAGGUGGCCUUCACCUACCACACCUGGGACACUUUUGACCCCGACAACAGCUGCCCCACAUGCACGAUGAGCGACACCCUGACAGUCAUCAACAGGCGCGCGCGCAGGGGGGGCGCCGCGCUGGGCUACAUCCAAUUCUACACGGCCAUGCGCAGGAUGACGGCGGCGCUGAGCAACCCAGACGAGCCGCCGGCGCUGCCAGAGGAGCAGGUCAAGGUCAUCCUCAUGCCGAUGACGCUCGCUGACGUGGCGGGGCGCCUGUAUGGCGCGGCCGUGGCGCUGGGCAGCCUGGACCCCGCGGGCGACGCGCUGAGGCAGUGGGUCAACUGCGGCAUGAUGCGGGCGCUCACCUCUGACACCGACUUCUUCCUGCCCACCAACGCCAGCGACCCUCAGGGCAUCACCUAUGCCCCAGAGCUCUGCUACUUCAUCUCCACAGCCCUGCAGGCAGCCACCUCGGCGCCCGACCCCGUGCCCCCCACAGCCUUUGCCGGCCUGGGCUUCGACCUGCCGCUGGGGGCGGCCGGUGCCUGGCUCAGCGCCGCCAUCGGCACCACCUCCCCAGCCGGCAUCGACCCCGCCGCCCAGGCCUUUGUCACGCGCUUCCUGCUGCUCACCCGCGCCACCAACCUGGCCUACCUGGCCUCGGCCGACCCCUCGCUGCACGACGCCCUGGAGCCGCUGACCGACGACCAGUGGAACAUGCUCAAGGGCUACCUGGCCUCCCUGCUGCCCACAUACUCCUCGGGCACCUACAGCCUGUUCAUGGCCUUUGGGGGGGCGCAGAUCAUCGCGGCGGAGGUGCAGCGCGUGGCCGCACGCUGGACGGCCAUGGCUGCGCCCACCCCCGAGCAGGCGAUGGUGUACACGCUGCUGCCGCUGGCUGUGCGCACGAUGCUGGAUGUGGUGACGUACCAGGCCAUGCUGCCACAGGUGGAGGCGGGCUUCAGGGCCGACCCCGCGCUGGCAGGCCUGCCGCCCGACCAGCCGCUGCCGGCAGACGUGCAGGCGCAGGCGGUGGGCAUGGCCGGCGCGCUGGCCAUCCAGCAGUGGACCGACUGCUCCGUGCUGGGCGGCGCCGCGCUGCCCGUGGGCCCCGGCGCCUUCCCGCACGCCCCCGAGUUCUGCGCGUUCCUCACCGCCAACGCCGACUCCCUGGGCUUCAGCUUUGCCGUCACCCCCGCCAUGCUGCCCGAGCUGGGCCUGGUCAUCUCCCAGCCGGCGGCCACCGCAUUCCUGGGGGCGGUGGCGGGGGCAAGCAGCGCCACCUCCAGCGACCCCUUUGCCCAGAGCGUGAUCCAGACCUUCAUGAUGGCACCCAGCAAGGCCGCCGCGCUGGCGUGGCUGGGCGCUCAGGGCGGCGCGUCCGCGGGGCAGGCCGCCGACAUGGCCUCCCUCACCGACCUCCAGUUCCGCUCCCUGCAGCUCUACCUCAUCAGCCUGCUGCCCAGCUGGGGCAAGCUGGUGUACACCACAUGGAUACACGUGGGGCAGGCGGGGCCGGGGGCGGGCGGCCUGGUGGUCACCCGCACCGUGGAGCAGCUGCUGUAUGGCUACGAGGACCCCAUCCUGGUGACCUCCGCCCAGCUGAGCAACCCUCAGUACUACCGCCUGGCGCCCUACAUGUACAGCCCCUACACAUCCCUCUCCUUCCAGACAGAGGCAUACCCUGUGGAGUACUUUGCAAACGUGACGGGCGCCAACUACACCUUCUCCAUGCUCAGCUACAAGUCCACCGACGUGGCCGCCUUUGAGCCCCGCAUCCAGCACAAGCGCAUCGUCACCGGCAAGCGCAAGGGAGACUGGCCGCAGUCGGCGCUGCAGUACCGCGGCAUCCCCUUCUACACCAAGCCCUACGGCAUCCUCAACGCCACCGGCAUCAACGAGGGUAUCAUCCAGGGCUCCAACUUCAAGCCCAGCAGGGGCAGGGAGCCCAUCCAGUUCGAGUCCUCACUCAUGCGCUCAGUCAAGACCGUGUCCACGGAGAGCUACAUCCGCGUGAAGAAGGUGCGUGCCUACCAGAUGACGCUGCACCCCGAAUCGUAUGGCGAGUGCAACGCCACGCAAUAUGAGGAGUGGAAGGCCGCCACCGGCUUUGACGAGCAGGCAUUCCAGGCCACCAUGGCCGCCCUGACCGCCCUCAAGCAGGACUCCCCCGCCGCCUACUGGCAGCUCAUGCAGGAUGAGGAGGCCCUGACCACCUACUUCAACGGCACCGACCUGGGGCCUCUAGACAAGUACUUUGGGGCUGACCAGGGCGCCUGGCUGGCACGCUGCACCAACCCCGAGCCCAUCCCCUUUGCCUGGGACUUGUCGGACGUCUACGGCUGCCCCACGAUCAUCAGCCUGGCUCGCUACUACCGCAGCAGCGAGGAAGUGAUCAACGCCACGGGCCGGGCCGACUGGGACUCCAACUUUGCCGCCCACGGCUGGUACUUCUCCGUGGAGCCCAACACCGGCAUGUCCAUCCACGGCCACAAGACGUUCCAGUGGAGCCAGCUGGUGACCCGCACUGACGUGGCCUACCCCAGCCUGUGGGUGGCCAACGGCAGCCAGGGCACCCCGCUGGGGCGCGCGCUGGGCAUGGACGCAGACUUUGUGCUGGUGCCCCUGAACACGGUGGUGCUGUACUGGGAGCCGACGUGGAAGGUGGCGCUGGUGCUGCGCGGCGUGGCCACCGCCAAGGAGGUGCUCUACUGGCUGCUGGUGGUCGCCUUCCCCGUCUCCUCCUGGCUCCAGCUGUUCCCGGCCCUCAUCUACCUCAAGUUCUCCAAGUACGCCAAGCUGCGCAAGAAGGAGCUGGCCAAGAUCCAGAAGAGCACCGCCAAGCGGCUGCGCCUGGGCGGACACGAGGCGGCCAUGGCAGAUGCGCUGUACCGGCUCGCCAACGGCAGCAAGUCGGUGUUUGUGCCGCCCGAGCGCGACUACACGCCGUCAGACACGGAGGAGGAGGCGGAGGAGGCGGCGGCGGGGGAGCAGGCCGCUGGGACGGAUGCGCUGGCCGCCAAGCAGGAGGGCGGCGAGCGGCGCGGGAGCAGGAUGGAUGUGAUCGACUCCAAGGCGGCGGCGGCGGCGGCGGCGCAGCGCCAGCAGGCCGGGCAGGACGCGUUUGUGAUUGGCACGGCGCCCCAGCCCGAGUCGGACGUGUGGGGCGGCGGCUACAGCGCCGGCGCAGGCGCCCAGGCGGCGGGCAGCGGCGCCGGCGCCAGCCAGGGCGAGCAGGGCGACGCGGUGGCGGUGACCCUGCUGCCGCCGGGGGAGGCGCUGUCGGCGGCGGCGCCCGCCAGCUUCCGCCGCUCCACCACCGGCGGCGGCGGCGGCCUGCGCAAGCGCACCACUUCCACACAGGAGGGGCCCUGAGCGCUGGGCCUCACCACAGCGCACUGCCGCAGCGGGCGAGGCAUGCCGGCGGCUGUGGCAAGCCAGCGCAGGCAUUGCCCGCGGAACUGCCACCGCCCGCUCCACCAAACCGACCUGAACCACUGCAUUGUCUGGCAGUUUCUCCAACCCCAUUAGAGCUGCCCCGGAGGUCAAGCACUUCCACCUCACUGUUUUGGCCCACCAUUCAUUCACACAGCGCUCGCCAGCUGCUCACCUCUGCCCACCAACAGCACGGGCUGACUUUUCAUCCAAUCGAACUGCACCGCUUGCAGCAUUCAUGCUCUUCAAGCAGCAAACAACUCCUUUGGUGUGCUUGCGUAGCUUGUGUACAUUGUGUGUGUGCACCCGUGUAACCAAACAUUCUUC